CACUCUUUGAUGUGUGGAGAUAAAAAAGAUAUACAGCUGACAUGCUGAUCUUGGUGUUUCUACAGAGUGAACUCGUGUAUUGUGUUGAGGCAGAGGAACCUGGGAAUUACUUUAAGUGUUUUAAGAUAACGCUCUGUAUCAAAUCAAUUACAAUCCAUUAAAAUGGAGGCCAGGUUUUCAUGCUGAAAAGUUUUUGUUCCUGUAAAAUAUAAACACAUGUAGCCAAGCCAGCCAUUGUGUUGGUGGUAGUGGAUAAAAUGUUUUGAGGAAGUGUUUAUACAGAUUGAAGAUUUCCUUUGAAUUAAGAAGGAUUUUAACCUUUUAAACUUUAACCUUGAAUGUGCCUGACAAUGGAGAUGUACUCCUUAGUGCUUGCAGUUCAAAGGUCAUCAUGUGUCCCGACCCCUGACCUUUGACCUUAGCCAUGAGGAGACCAAGAAAAAGCAACGUUUGUAAUCAGCUAUUGUGGGCGGAGAUAUUCCGUGUCCAUGGCGACGGUGACUACAUGAGAUGGGAGCGAGUUUCAUUGGACGUCGUACCUGUCAAUAUCUCCUGUAUCGAGGACACGCCCACUACAGUAUUCCAGAUCACCGCGUACAACAAACACGUGGAAAAAAUAUUUGACGUCAAAAUUACACAACCUGGUAACAGUUAGCCCCCUU